UUAGUUCGUUUCAAUCAACCCAUCUCCAAAAAUCUUUAUAUAACCUCCCCCUCUUUCUCUGAAUCAACUGUUUUUCCUUCACCCACCGACUUACUCUGUUCCGGGCAACCAACCCAACAUCGACAAUCCUCCACCUUCCAAACCAUGAAGCUCACCCUCUUCACUCUCAUCCCUCAAGCUCUCUUCGCCUUCUCCAACGCAGCAGCCGUGGAACUCGAUAAUGCAGCUGCAGAAGUAACCCUCGAGCCUCGAGCUCCCUGCACACUUUACGCAUGGUGGAAAACAAACUGGAACGAAGCCGGUCUACGCCGUUACCGGGUGCAAAUCGGACAGGAUCCAGGGGGCAGCAACGAGUACUCUGAGAGAUUCUGCGAUGUUCUGUAUCAUCGGUGUUACUCAUGGUCACCAAUCGCCAACCCGCAGUGUUUCUGGGACACCAACGACAGGACGUACUACGCGGACCUGUCGUUUGCCGAAGGCCCCGCGGGGCAUAGCUCCUAUGUGGAUAGUUUCCAGCAUUGUUUGAAUAAUUUCCGUGCUGAGACUGCUUGUGAUGUUAAUUCUAAUCUUUGA